AUGGCGCCGAGAUGGAAAUGGAAAGGUGCUGAAGCCAAAGCUCUUGCGGAGCCCAUUGCAAACUCAGUCUCAGAGCUUCAACUCUCUCUAGCCAAAACAGAGUCCUCUGGUUCCCUCUCUAGUUGCAAUGUCCUUCUAGCGGUUGAGCCAGAGCAAGCUGAGCUACUCGACCGCUGUUGUUUUGGCAGACUCGUCCUAUCCGCUGAGAAAGGCAAGAAAUGGAUUCAGUUAUCCUUUGAAGAAGCUUUCUAUUUGCUCUACAAUCUCAAAUGCAUCAAAAUAUAUCUUCAAGGCCGUUGCUUGGAGAAGGAAGUGGACACAUGGAUGUACAUGAGAUCAAAAAGACCAAAGUUCCCAAUAUUUUUCAAGGCUUAUUCACAUUUACGGUCCAAGAACUGGGUCUUGAGGUCAGGGUUGCAGUUCGGUGUGGAUUUCGUGGUGUACCGUCACCAUCCUUCUCUUGUCCACUCUGAAUACUCUGUGUUGGUUCAGUCUGGUGACAGUAACCGGUUAAGAGCGUGGUCAGAUGUCCAUUGUGCUGUUCGGUUAAGCGGGAGUGUUGCGAAAACGUUAUUGACUCUCCAUGUGAGUGGUAACUCUAACAAAGAGGAUUUGAAUCUACCUUUGUGUUUGGAGAACUACACAGUGGAAGAGCAUACUAUUUGUAGAUGGAGCCCAGAACUCAGCCGUGAAGAUGAAAUCAUGAAACCAUAA